CCGUAUAUUGAAGAAUAGGAAGAAAAGAAGGGGCGACUUUGCAAGGGGGCGACUUGACUGGUAUUCCGAGACGAGUGACGAACAAGAUGGGAAAUUACAGAUGAAAUCACCUGUUUUUUGCAGUUUAUAACGGCCCUCAUCAAAAAUGCGAGUAAUUUGCACCAAAUUAGGUGCACAUUUCACUUUAAAUUCUACACCUUAUUUCAGGAAUUCUUCAUUAAGGAUUAUAACUAGGGAUUACCACAUUGUUGCUGUGGAAGAGGCUAGAUCAUUCAUCCACAGAUGUAUGGUGGCAGUAGGCACACAAGAUUCGCAUGCCAAUGAUCUAGCAGAGGUGUUAGUGGCUGCUGAUCACCGCGGACAUUAUAGUCAUGGGAUGAACAGGCUAGAUAUGUAUGUAAAAGAUAUAAAAACUGGUACAACAGUCAGUGAUAAGAGUCCAGAGAUUUUGAAAGAAACAGCAGCAACUGCAUGGGUUGAAGGCAAUAAUCUUCUAGGACCAGUUGUUGGAAAGUUCUGUACAGAUAUCGCAAUAAAGAAAGCUAAGGAGGCUGGCAUUGGAUGGGUGGUUGCUAAAGGUAGCAACCACUAUAGCAUAGCCGGUUGGUAUGCACUCAAAGCAAUGCAAGAAGGCUUAAUUGGAUUGUCUUUUACUAACACCUCACCUCUAGUAACACCAACACGUGCUCAGAAGCCAGCAAUUGGAACAAAUCCGAUAGCAUGUGGUGCUCCUGCUACUGGCGAUGAUAGCUUUGUUCUUGAUAUGGCAACUUCGGCUGUGGCUGUAGGAAAGAUUGAGUUGAAUGACAGGAAGGGCCUUCCAAUACCAGAUGGAUGGGGAUCAGACUCCAGAGGAAAGGUAUCUAAUGAUGCAAAGGCUAUUUUGAAUGGAGGAGGCCUAAUGCCACUUGGGGGUACUGAGCUUUGCAGUGGUUACAAGGGUUAUGGAUUAGCAAUGAUGGUGGAGCUCUUUUGUGGAAUUCUGGGAGGUGCAAGUUAUGGUCCACAUAUUAGGAAAUGGAAAGAUACUGACAGAGUGGCAAAUCUGGGACAAUGUUUCGUAGCCAUCAACCCAGACGCCUUUGCUCCAGGAUUUCCCGACCGAAUGCAAUCAUUUUUAAGCGAUUAUCGCAAUGCCACCCCUGCUGAUAGUGAAAAGGAAGUGUUUGUAGCAGGUGACCCUGAAAGGAAGCACAUUGAAAAGGUAGCGAAAGAUGGAGGCUUGUCCUACCACAGAAAUCUGGUAGAUCACCUUAACACUCUAGCUACUGACUUGAAAGUUGAGCAGAUUAAAACAAAAUAAUCCAUUCAGACUAUUGAGACAAUAUUUUUUUACUUUUAUGCUGGUAUGCUUAUGUAUCCUUCAAAGGCUAAAUGUAUUAUUGUAGAUUAAUAAUCAUGAAAUCUUAAUUUAAUCCAGAUGGUUUUAGGGCCUUGUAAGAUUUUAAUUGGCGUGAAUAAUAUUUUAUUCAUAUUUACUUGAAAAUGGAAUAAAACAUAUUAACUGCCUGUAGAUGCCACAGUAUUAUGUAUUAUUGUAGAAUAAUAGUCCUGAAAUCAAAAUUUAAUCCAGAUAGUUUCAAGGCCUUGUAACAAAGAUUUUAAUUGUUGUGUAAUGAUACAUAAUAUACAGUAUGUUUACUUAAAAAUGGAAUAAAAUGUAUUAACUGCCUGUAGGUGCCACAGUGGAUGCAGAUUAGUUCUCAACCUUUAGGUCGGGGUUCAAUCCCUCCUUGUGAGUUUCAUUUGCGUCUUUAGCAGGAGUCUCCGGUUGUCCGGAGCUUCUGGGAGAUCUGGAUAAAAUAAUGAGCUUUCUUAACAUAUUUUAUUUUAUUUUGCUGCAUAUGGUCAUACCCAUCGGCACUGACUUCCAUGAGACAAUUGAUAAUAAAGUAGUAAAAACAUGCAAAUGUUAUGAAUUUGCAGGAGAUGGGUAAUCUUCCGGGAGAAUCUUGCUUGCUUGUGGGAGUCCGUCCCAAUAUUUAGGAGACUUGGGACCCCUGCACAAAAUGCAAUAUAAUGCAAUAUAUAUAUAUUCUAUAUAUAAUUUUGCUUACUGCAACAUUAUAUAUAGAAUUUUCCCCAGGGAGCUAGAGCUAAGGAUGUACUGUAUUCCAUGUGUAGCAUCCAGAAAUGAUGUGAAGAGCUUUGAAGCCUAGUUUGCAUGAAGGUAUUUUAAGUCAUUAAUUCUAAUACAUUGAAGCAAGUGGUACAACAAGAGUCCUGGAUUCUAACCAAAACAUCAGGGUUGUACAUUUGCCAUGCUCGUACCCUUCGGCAAGGCACUAUAUCUACAUUGUCUCUUCACCAUGGAGUAUGCUAUCAAUUGGUACCUGGGUUACACAUGUGUUGAUGCAUAUUUUUAUGAUAUGCUAUGGGUAUGUGUUCCAUCUGUUUUGCUGUGGUGUUAGGGUAAUACUUAUAUCUUAAGUCACAAAGGGU